AUGGACUCUCCCCUACCCGUGUUAGAAGAAGAUAGAACAAAAGGUAUUCUGAGGCUAACUGAACAGAGGCUUCUUCCUCCAGCAGCAAAGAUAACUCUCCAGACACCUCCUGUUGUAUCCAGAGUAGCUCCUUUCCAUGAAUUUCACAGGCAGCACAAGAAGUCAGCUGUAGGAGAGAUUAGUAGUAGGGUGGACCCUGAGAAUACAGACACCAUCACCUUCCCAAACUCAAAGGAAGCAAUUUAUGACACACGUUCCUCUAGUAAAGGUGACAUUGCACCGCUUCCAUCCAGCAGCUCCGUGGUUUCAGCAAGGAAGUCAAAGCCGGCGUGGAGGUAUCCAGCUCAACAGUUGGGAUCUGAGCUGCAGAUUCCCUCUCAGACACAGGAUCCGUGCUUUGAUUGCGACGUUGCUGUUUACCAUGGCACGAUAGACCAGAAAGCUCCAGGCUUUCUGGCAUUCAAGCAACAUUACUGUUUAUCCUGGGAGAGCAUUGUCUUUUUUUUGGAACAUACACAAAAGCUUCUCAAGGACUAUGCUGUACCGUGGGCUACAAUAAACUGCAAAAAGUUGGCGGAAGUUGCAUCAGACUUUGAGCUUAAUGAGAAUCCCACCAAAAGUGACAUUCUGUCAGUGAUAAAGAAUCAGUCAACUGUGGAAAAGAUCUUAAAUCGACCUGGCCAAAGAUACAGAGGCCAAGGGGGUACGGAAAUGGCUGCUACGAAGAUCCAAGCAAGGUGGCGAUGCUACCAGGCCAGAAAAGCCUAUGUCCAUUUCAGGCAGCAGCAGUGGGCAGCAGGUGUGAUCGCCGUCUCUUGGCUCUUGCGCAAUCACAUGGCACGUGUGAAAAAGACCCUGAAGGAAUCACGUCGGAGACACCUGGAGAAUUUUUACAUCAGGGCCAAGCAUCUGGCAGCCAACUGGAAUCGCAUCAGGACCUCCAGGAGGACUAUUAUCCAUAUCCCAUCAUUAGGAUAUUCCCAAUGCACCCGUGAGCAUAUUCCUGAUCUUGCUCUCCAGCAGAAUAUGCAGAUGGGAAGGCUGUGUGACAUACUGGAUGCCAACGUGGACGUCAUCUACAUCUGCCCCCUUCAUCUGAGUGAGGAGUUACUGCAGUAUUACAAUAAACUCCUGGGUCUGCAGGCAGCUGUUAGAUCUGGGAACCCCGAGGACAUGGGUGACCUGCAGGACAGGUUCAAAAUUCUCACCCCUGAAGCUAUAAACAGCUUCCCUAAGCAUCACAUGUGCCUAGCCACUCAGCUGAAGUACAGUCCCAAGACGAUCAAAAGAAUAAAAAUUCUUAUCCAGAGCAGAGAUGCCUACAUUAUUGGAGGGGUUCCCCACAAAGAUGAUUUAGCGGUGGCCGACAUGCUAAAUGUGCCUAUAUUAGGCUCGGUGCCAGAAGUGGCUCAUCUCUAUAGUACCAAGUCUGGAAGUAAACGAAUUUUUGCCAGCGCCUGUGUGCCAACCCCUCCUGGAGAAUCUGACAUCUUCAACACUGAGCAGAUGAUUAGCGUUCUCAGCCAGCUCAUCAUUGAAAAUAUGGAAGUGCGGCGCUGGUUGUUUAAAGUGAAUGAUGAAUCUGGAGGCAAUGGCACUGCCUAUUGUGAUAUUAUUUCGCAUUUGAAAUGCUACCACUGGGUUCAAAAGGAACGCCAGAGAUACAGCCCUGAGAUAUGGCGUAAGAAGCGGGCACACGAGCCAGCUUUGGUGAAGAUCUCCCAGGAGCUGCCGGGCCUUUUAGCACAGCACGUACAGCCAGUCAAUGAGAAACGAUUCCCUACAUGGGAAAAAUUCCUCCAAACAUUUCUUAGUCAAGGUGGUGUGAUAGAAGCCUUCCCGCUCUCAGAAAAUGUCACAAACCUUACGGUGGAUAUGCUGAUAGAGCCAACAGGCAAGAUAAAAAUAGUGUCAUCUGGAGACCAGCUCCAUGCUGACGGUCCUUUGCGAUCAUCUGGCACUACCAUUCCACAAUGUUCUGUUGAUCCAGCAGUUCUUAAUUCACUCUGCUUAAAAAUUGGGGAAACCUGUAAAUCUAAAGGAGUGCUCGGUUAUUUCUCAGUUGAUUUUGUGACUUUCAUCCAUCCACAAACGAUGGAGCAGCAGGUAUGGGCAACAGACCUUGACCUUUGCUAUAGUGACCAGCUGGCCUUGACUCAGCUCAUGUUGUACGUGACAGAUGGAAAUCUGGAUUGUCGCUCUAGCCGCUUCGAAGUAUCUCUUGGUUCAAGUAAAAUGAAAAGCCAACGCAUUCAGCAUGAGAAGACACAAACU